GUGAACGCAUCAUUUGUUCCGUCGUCACUUCCUGAUUCAAGAUGGCGGCGACCUUGUGCGGAAAACUACUCUCUAAACAGGCAUGGCUUCCCCUCACACAGACCGUCCGUCACGGCUCCAAGGCGGUGACCCGUCACAGGAGGCCGAUGCACAUCCUCAAACAGAAGCUCAUGGCCGUCACUGAGUACAUCCCCCCCCCACGGGUCAUCCCUCCAGGAGCCUACCCCUACCAGAGAGCUCAAGUCCAGGAGGAGGACAGUGCAUUCACGUUGGUCAUAAAGAAGAAUUUGAAGAACGUGUUCCAGGACUUUAAGAUGAUCGCUGUGGUCCAGAACAACAACAGUAACGCUGAAGACCUGAUGGUUCUCAAGCACAGACUUCAUAAACAUGGCAUCACUGUCAAGUUCUUCCCCAACCAGGUGGUUCAGUCAUUCCUAAAAGACAGUUUUUACUCCAACAUGGCUCCUCUGUUCAUCGGUCCGACAGUUCUGUUUGUGAGUAAAGAGCCAAAAGUGAAGGAGAUGCUGGCGGCUCUGAGGUCCAGCCCACAGAUGACGCUCCUCGGAGCCUGUAUCGACAAAACGCUGCUGAGCGCACAGGGGGUGGUGAGCUACUCCAAACUGCCGUCAGUCUCUGUGGUCCAGGGCGAACUGGUCAGCGGGCUGACGAUGCUCACCUCCCACACAGCCUCCCUGCUGCAGCGCCACCCGGCCCACCUGUCGGCCCUCCUGCAGCAGUACGUCAAACAGCAGAGCUCGGAGGACGGAUCGGAGGGAGCUCCUAAAGCAGAGGAGGCCACGUAGAGCGGCAGACAGAAUCACUGGGACUGUUGCAGAUUUUCCAGCUGCUUGGAAUGACGAGGGACUGUUGGGUUGGAUGCGUAUUUAGAAUUUAUUAUAAUUUAACAACAGAGUUCCAGGCAGACUUUAGCUGCUGGUUCACCCAGCUUUACUUGAGCUUCGACUGGAGCAGUUCAACUGGCCAGAGGAGCACUGUGGCUGCUGUGAAUGAAGGAAGCUGCAGACUUGACUGUUUUCAGUGCACCUCAACCUCCUCAGUGGAGGUUUUGGAUGGACAAGUGCUGCAGAAAAUAUGAGUGACCCCCCCCCAAGAAAUUCCUUAAUUUAAGGAUAUUGUCACAUAUAAAUAAACUAUUUC